AUGCGUCAAUCUGCAGAAUCCAUCGUACUCGGCGUCGUUAGGCAAGAGCUGCGGGAAAAAGACGGCGUUAUCAGGGCCAUCAAUGACCAGAUCCACGCCAACCCCGAAUUGGCAUACGAAGAGUUCAAAGCCCACGAUGCAUUCGUUACGCUUCUGCGAAAACUUCAGUUCGAAGUGAUCCCGCAUGCCUAUGGAGUCGAGACGGCUUUCUGUGUAGAGUACGGAUCAGGUGGUCGUCUGGUGGUCUACAACGCCGAGUACGACGCCCUUCCAGGGAUCGGUCAUGCCUGCGGGCACAAUCUGAUCGCGUCGUCCUCCCUCGCCGCCUUCCUGGGUCUUGCUGCUGCCCUCAAGCACAAUCCAGAUCAGCCGGGGCGCGUCCGUCUUCUGGGCACACCCGCCGAGGAGGGCGGCGGCGGCAAGCUCAAGCUGAUCGCGGCGGGAGCCUACAAGGGCGCCGCCGCCAGCCUGAUGGUGCACCCGGGGCCGUCCUAUCUGCUCGCCGCCCCCGUGGAGGAGGUCGCUUUCGUGCGCAUGCUGGCCAACGUCAAGAUGCGCAUCUACUUCAGCGGUCGCGAGAGCCACGCCGCCAUGGCUCCCUGGGAUGGCGUCAACGCUCUCGACGCCGCGAUGCUGUCGUACAAUGCAAUUUCCAUGCUCCGGCAGCACGUCCGACCCUACGAGCGCAUCCAUGGAGUGGUGCGUCAAGGCGGCGAAAGGCCCAACGUGACGCCCUCUUCCACCUGCGUCGAGUACUACAUCAGGAGCGACACGCGCGCCGCCGCCCAGAAGCUGUGGGAGAGGGUCAAGCUCUGCUUUGAGGGUGCCGCCAUUGCGACUGGGUGUGGCGUCCGAUACGAGCCUAUCAACUCGUACGCUGACGUCAGGCCGUCGCGGGCACUUUGUCGCGAGUACCAAGCUGUGCAGACGCCAGAGACCGUCUCCUUUUCGGAGCCGGCCGACUUCCUGGCGGGGAGCACCGACAUGGGUGACGUGUGCUAUGAGUGUCCUGGCUUCCAUGGCGCAUUUGGGAUUGAUACGGAGAAGGGCCAGUCCAACCACACGCCUGCGUUUGCGGCCGCCGCAGGACUCGACAAGUCCUACAAAAAGGCGAUUGAGUGCGGAAGGGGUAUGGCCAUGGUUGGAUGGCGAGUUUUGAGCGAUGAUGCUUUUGCUGCCGAGGUACAAAAGGAGUGGGAAGAGGACAUGCGUAUCGCCAAGGAGACUUGA